AUGGGUGAAAAUAAUGAAUAUUCUCGAAAUAAUAGUAAACGAGAUAAAAAAUUAUUACACAAUUUUCCCUUGCAAGCAUAUGAACGAUCCUACUGCUCUAACAGAAAAAGCAACGCAACAUAUACGACAUCCAAAGAACAAGAUUAUUUGAAUGAAAGGAAUAUUUUCGAUAUAUUCCAUUUUCUCCUCUCUCAUGUCAUCAUCCGACAACCAACGAAUCCAAUCCAAUAUCUACAUGAACUGCUCGAUGACUUUAUAUUAUUUAAGUCGAAGCUUAAAAACCCACGAUUACUUUGGACCGAAAGGCACGUUCACGCCAUAUUCGAAAGCGUUCUUCUCUAUAGUUCCGAACAUUUAUCGUUGGAUACUUAUAAAAAUGCUAUGAGAACAUUGGGUGUACAUUGUUAUGAUCCUUGUCCCAUUCAAAUUAUUCCGGGAUACAUCGAUUGGCAAACAUUUUGUUCAGAGGCAUUGAAAAAUAUGAAAGAGAAAUUGAAACGGAUCAUGGAAGAAAAUACCCGCUGA